UCUUAAAGUUUUUAUCAAGUGAUAAACAACCUAUUUUUCAACCGGUCUUAAGAUUUUUAUCUGGUCUGUAUGUCAAUAUCCACGAGAUUCCACGUUUAACAGUAGAUUCAGUUUUUAUUGGCCAAUUCCGUAAUUCCGUUAAUGCAGAAAUUAUAGAGCCCUAUUCAGUCUUCCCGCGCCAUCAUGCAUCCGCUUCCUUCUUCAUCCUCAGCGUGGGUGACGUAAACCCACUGGUGACGUUAGCUAUUUGAGGCAGGAUAAAAUCCUUGCUUAUUUGUUGUAAUCGAAGUACUCAAAUUAUUCAAGGAAUGGUUGCACCCCUACCAUGGUUGUUAUGAACCGUUAUAACCUGUCUCUCUGUCUGAUUGAUUGAUUGGUUGUGUACGUAAACCCUCUGGCAGCUCCUCCCCAGGCAGCUUGAUUGACAGACUGACACUCUAAUGGGGACUGAAGGUUGUGCUUGGAGAUGAUUGGCAGAGGUGUCAGCAUCAUCGCAAACUGCGGUGUGAUUAACCAUCAUGUAACAGCCACAGUACAACAAACUGUGAAUAUUGACCUUUUUAGUGUGCAGUACUCAUCAUAUUUAACAACCAUUGUCCUUCAGUUAGGUCUACUUACACGUAGAUCAUUAAAGGAUGCCAGCUAUACUCGUAUCGAGGCCAUGAUUGUCUGACAUCAGCUUGUGUUGUUAGUGUAGGCAUCAUCCAUUAUGAAGAAAGUCUACGAUGAGAUGCCAACAAAUGAAGAGAGAAAAGGAAAGAGGGUGAAAGCAUAACCAGCUCCUUUCUUCCUCCAGGGACUACUAAAUGCCGUGUCUGCCAAAGGACUUGCAAAUCGAGGGUUGGUCUCAUGAGUCACCAUCAAGUGCACAAAUAGGAACAAUAUCUUAUGUCAGGGGUGUCAAACACAUUUUCACUUAGGGCCACAUCGACAUAAUGGCUGUCCUCUAAGGGCCAGAUGUAACUUAUAAAUAAAACUAAAUGUAAUCGAAUGUAAUGGAAAAUAAACGUAACAACUCCUUAAUGUUAAAUAACUCUAAAUUUAUUAAUUUUUUCAAGUGACAAACAUUACAGUUGCAUAGAAAAAAAAUAUCUUUACUUGUUGCUCUGUUACAACAUAAAUCAUUUGAAUUUGUCAGCUUAUGAAACCCACACUACUCCAUCAAUCAAGGAUCAAACUAUCCAAGUGAAUUAAGAGAAGUAACAUAAAACACGGCCGCAUGUUGGUUGAGUGGUUAGCACGUUGGCCAACACAGUAACAGCUUGGAGAUUGGAAAGACCUUGGUCCGAUUCUCCCCUGGGCAUUUCUGUGUGGAGUUUUCUGUGUGUUCUCCCCGUGUGCGCAUGGGUUUUCUCCGGGUACUCCGGCUUCCUCCCACAUUCCAAAAACAUGCAGGUGAGGUUAAUUGGUGACUCUAAAUUGUCCAUAGGUAUGAAUGUGAGUGUGAAUGAAUGGUUGUUUGUCUAUAUGUGAUUGGCUGGCGACCAGUCCAAUCAGCCCGAAGUCAGCUGGGAUAGGCUCCAGCAUGCCCCCGCGACCCUUAUGAGAAAGAAGCAGUAUCGAAAAUGGAUGGAUGGAACAUAAAACACAAGUGACAUCUAUUAUGACAUUAACUUUGUUCAAAACGUUUUUAUCAAAGUUAAAAUGGGCUAAUUACUGUAAAAUCAACAAUUGUGAGCUGCUAACAACAUGUAUGACAGAUGUAGCAUUUUACAAAAAAAAAAGGUUGCACACAGUCUUGCAUCCAACUGAUGAUUUGACUACAAUAAUUUGUCUGCAUGCAAACAUAAAACCUGCAAAUACUAAAUAAUUGCAUAAUAAUAAUAACAGCAGCUACACAUAAAUAAUAUGUAAUCAACUAAAAAUUACAAAAUAAAAGUUGACUCAGUUUACAACUAUAUUGGUCAAGUUUUUAGGUUCGUAACUAACUUAAAAACUGAUAUUUAUUAAAGUCUGUAAUUGGUCGGAACACACCUGCUAACAGACCUUCAGCAUGCACUGCUUCAAAAAACGCUCCCUCGCUUAUUAGCUUGUGGACACAUGGAAAUAGGAACCGGAAGUCAGCUCCGUAGCACGUCGAUGUCAUCAACGGUUGACUCUGUAGUUGUUGUUAACACAAAACACAUUAGUUAUAUAAUUAUAGUUUCACAUGCAAAAACAUUUUCUUUAUUGUCCAAAAAAAAAAUCCCAGGAACACAUCUACCAAUUCAGAGGAAACUGAACAACUUAUAAAAUACCAUAGUAAAGCAACAUAUGACACUUCCUACUUCCCACUAUGGGUGGCAAGAUUAAAACAUGACAAGAUUUCUUGUUUGGAGAAAAGCUACAGCCAGAAGCAAUCACACUCUACUGUGUUCUCUACUGUGAAUGAUAAUACUGUAUAAUGUCACGUUUUGGCAGAGCUGUCGGAAACUUGACCCCCAGAAUGCAGAGAAGAAGCAGCGACUAGCAAAUAAAAAUACUUUAAUGUGCUCAAGCAGUUACAGGUACUCACAGUUGCAAAGGUGCAAACAAAAAGCGACAGAGGGAAAAGCUCUGUGGGUGAAAUAACAUGGACGAAGUACAACACGUGAGUCAAAUCCUUAGGUGACAGCUCCGGAUCGGAGACGAGGCGCAAUGACAAUCAACCAGCGCCGCACGUACCAAAGUUCUGUCCUUUUAACCGCCACCGACGAUAAUCUUACGCAGCUGCGCUGCCACCAGACAUGAUGCGGCUGCCACUUCCUCCCCGGAGAAAGUGCGACCCGCCAAAAUAAGAGUGCAGGACAGGAGACAAGCAGUUUUACACUUAUUUACAUUUACAUUACAAGCUCCAGCGAUCACUGGUUUUGCUCCAUAACACACCUCAUGCGUAGAACACAUCUGUGUUGACAAUUUAGCGACAUGGUCGCUAUAUUUAGCGAGUCGUGGUGUGCAUUCAAAGUGAAAGGAAGUAUUUCUUGCUUGUAUCAGCCACGCGCACCUCCGAGCAUAAAUACUGCCCUGCAAUGCCAGUUUGAUGCCGAUCUGAAAGCUGCAUAAACCCCUCACAAUGCAGCUCAACCCUUGCAGCGACAGAACCAACAAGACAGAAUUUGAGCACACCAAGACAGUCAGACUCGCCACACACGCAUGAGUGUCCAAAGUGUGGCCCAGGGGCCAUCUGUGGAACAUGUCUCAUUACUUCAAUAAAAUAAACAACCCAAGAGCCAGGGCAAAACAUAUUAGCUUUUUCUAGUUAUGUAACUAGAAAAAGCUAAAAUGUUGACACUGAUAAUAAAAACAACGAUUUUUCUUUAAGUUUGACAGACAAAUUGCGUUAUGGUACAGUAAAGGUUUGUAGAUCAAUAUAUAAUUGAAUGUUCCUCAGUUGUUUCUAAUAUUUUUUUUAUAUUAAAAAAAAAAAAUGUAAUUAUUUUUCCUUUGCUGUUGCCCGGAUCCACUUCCACGUCUUCCUGUCUUGCAGUCUUUCGUGUUGUAUUGUGAGUAUCUUUGAAUGUAGAUACGUGGCUUCCUAAUUUCAGUACUUCUUGUUGAGCGGGCCCUUGCAAGGAGAUAGUGAUGUCAAAUGUUGAUGAAUGUAAUCCUUCCAACUGCAUUGUUCUUUGUUUGUGGGUUAUAUCUUCAAUUUUCCUUGUUGUCAUGGGCAUGUGAUCCUCAAUAUUUAUCCAGAUCCUUAAUAUAUUUGACAUCAAGCAGUCUGGCCUCUUCUGGUCCUCCAUUUAGCUUGAUGUAAAGUCUGCCAUAGGCGAUUCAAGCAAGUUGAAUCUUUCUCUGCUUCCUCUUAGAGCUUGCCUUAUUAGUGCUACAGUUUGUGCGAGUUUCCUGCUGUUGCUUUUCCAGUUGCUUUCGUUACAUCCUUCAAGGCAUCAUAUACUAUCAAAUCCUUCUCAUUCAGCAGCAUGUUUGGCCCUAUUUCUGAUUGUGGACCCGGGUUUCGAGGGCUAGUAUCAUUUUGCUUUUUGUUUGACGGUGCUGCUAGACAACCGCUUUGUAAUUCAGGAGUUAGCAGAUUAGCAGAUUUUAUUUUAAGGAAUCCGUACCUCUCGCCGGUCCGAGUUCAAGUUGAGGGUGUCAGCAAGCUCUUCUGAUCUUGUGUUCCCAACGUGUAUUCAGGAAAGCGUCAAAUAGUUAAAAUCUUCAGUAGCGACAGCAGAGCUUUUGCCAUGAGCGUCCUUUCCGGUCAACAACAAAGAGAAAAAAAAACAACUUGAGACUUGCAAAACAUUGACUACCUCCUACCCCUGCUAUUCAUCCACACAUUCACCCAGACCCCUUGGUGCCCACAACGUCUAGAAAAUAUUAUAUUUAGCUCCAGAUAGCGAUGGAUUGCUUUUCAAUUGGUCAGACGGACUGUUAAGGCAUCAAAUAGUGGAUGAUUUCGAGCAGUCGACACGCAUUGAACAAAGUAAUUGUGACUGGGCUUUACAUAAUAAGCAGGUGUUUGGCCAGUGAAGGUACGUAACACGCAUGUAUUAUGCCAGUGCAGGUGACAACAGAGGAGGGCAAGAUGUUGCUCCUACAGAUCAGGUGACCAAUUUUCUGCAGUCAAACGAGGAUGGAUGUGGAUGUCAACAACAUGAAUACAUGCAUCCCAAUGUUUGCCAAGAAUAACAACACAACACCUGUCAUCAUAAAGUCCAACAACAGGAAAAACAAGGUAGCAAGGCUGAGGCAGACGAGUAACCUGAAAUAAACAAACGCCUACAUCAAUGAGCAUCUGACAAAACGUAAUGCUGACUUCGCCAAGAAGGCAUGCAACUUAAGGAAGCAGGAAAAUUCAAGGCACUUCAGGCACACAAUUUAAGGAAGCAGGAAAAUUCAAGGUACAGUCAAACUUGUCUAUAGCGGCCACUAGAGGGAGUCUGCAAAAGUGGCCGCUAUACACAGUUGGCCUCUAUAGACAGGUUGGCGUCAAGUUUGAAUGCUGACCAGUAGAGGAAAAAAAAGAAAAAAAAGUUGUACAGCACUACUAGGCUUGUUAUUAUCAUGGUUCAUGGUUUUAAUUCAUCCUGAACAAGCAUAUGAGUCAAACAGUAGCACAUCACAUAGUACAAUUCACAAUUUUGCAUGUCCAAAAAGGAGUAGGAAGAAGCAAAGCUUAUUUAAUUCUACCCCUCAUCAGUUUCACAUCAGUUGCAAUACAUUUAUUCACCUCUUGUUCUUCCAAGUGUACUUUGUAGGUCUACAUGACAAUGUAGAGCAAUCAUAGCCAAGGUUUUUACUUACUAAAAGGAAGCUAGAGGCUUAAUAACCCACAGAACAAAGCUGUGCUAGUAAUGUCUUACGCUUCUUUUUUAUAUUUUACUUUUUAUACGGCAGAGUGUCAUUACAGCUUUAGUUCAUCAGAAAGUGACGGUGGGCGUCCCGAGCAGGAGAGCUAGGCUCAGUGCUCGCUGUGAGUUUCGAGAGAGUUGGGAAGUGUGUUUAUGUUGGCGUGGAUGUAAAGUCCUGUAGUGUUCUCCGCUGUUAAUAAAGCCAUUAAAGUGCAUCGGCGACGUGAGUAUCUCCUUCCCCACAACAAGCGGCAUUACAGUAUUGACCAGUGCGCACCAGGAAAUAAACGGUGUCACUUGUUACAGGCAUUGGCUGGACAGCUAUGUAGUGGGGCUUGUUUAACCUUUGCCUUGUGGGCAAGCAGGAAGGAGAGACGAUGCUGAGAGAUGUGUGUGUGUUCUGAGCUGCUGUCUGGUGGCCGCGUUCAAUAAAUAAAAGUUGGCAGAAGCAACAGGAGAAGUUUCCUUCUUUGCUUCGGAGCUGAAUAACACUGACAAGUUAACAGACUAGUAGCGAACGGAAAAGAAGACGGCUUUGUUUGUGUCGAAUACAGAAGAUGAGGACUUUGAUGGAUUUGUGGAUGAGGAUUGAUCAAAAAUAACGUGAGUACAUUCUAAAAUACUUCAAUUAAGUACAACCGAACUCAGUUUUGCUCCCGCUGCCGCAUGCAUGCUAGCGUAUGUUUUUUUUUUUAUUGUAGCGUCGCUGGGAGAACGUCCUGUUCCCAGCCUACUUUGCGGUAAUGUUUUGGUGCAAAUGCUCUCAAAGUUACAUGUUUGACCAGGAAAUAGCAAGCUCAAAAGAAGACAGCUUUUUUAUGUGGAACAACUGACAGUUUGUGUGGAUCUUGUGAAUGAUUGUGACUGAGCUAGGACUCAGUAAUUAAAGUCUACACACGACGGCUUCAUUGAUUGAAAAACAAAACUUUUUCGUGCAUGAAGCUUCUACUUGAGUUGGUAAUUUGGCCGCUAUAUGCGGUCAGAUAUUGACCAAGGGAGACAAAAUGGGUGGCCUCUGGCUGCAUUGGACAGGUGACUGCUAUACACAGGGUCUAUAACAUGUAAAUUUGCUGCGGGGGAUUUUUCAGUGGCUGCUAUAGGCAGGUGGCGUUCUAUAAAGGUGGCCGCUAAGACAGGUUUGACACUUGGAAUGCCAACUGCAAAAUCUUUUAAAGUUAAAUGAAGGACCGAAAGAAGCCACAGUACUUUGUUGUCAAAGAUAUCAAAGAACUGAACAAAAAUUGAAGAUGACAUCACUUUGACUACAAGGAAAUGAAAGACAUAACACUCAAAGACUUGAUACAGCUUUGAAGUCAACAUCCUCAAUGUUUUAUUUUAUUUAACAAAUUCAAAAUGUAUUCAGAUUUAUUAUUAACAAUUUAGCAUUUUUCUAAUUUUAUUUAUUCUCUUAAUACUGCACAAGGUUUAUAGUAUCAUCUCCUAUUUGCUUCUUGAUUUUUUUAACAUCAUCAUUUCAUACAGGAAGUGGGAAAAAUGUAAAUGACAAAUGUCAGUGAAGUGAAAUAUUGUAAGUGUCAAAAAGUAAAAGUUAUGGUGUGAAUAAAUUAACACUAAUAGACAUGGGGAAGGGGUAGGAUUAAAUAUGGGCUCUGCUUCUUCCUACUCCUUUUCAGACAUGUUGAAUUGUGCAAAUGUUACCAUAUGAUGUUCCUUCAUGUAACUUGUUACACAUGUCUGAAACAAAUAAACAUAUCAUACCCAGUGGUUUAAAUUGUUAUAGGCUGUAAGGCAUCAAAUAUUUUCCUCCAUACUGCAUUUUAACAGUUUUUUGCUUUUCGUUCCCCGUUUAUCGUUGUUGAUUGGUUCCAGAUCCAACUGCAUAAAGUGAAUUUCUGCAAAGUAUGAGUCAGUAUUAAUAAAUUGAAUAUUUUUGUAGUUAGAGCAUAGAAGAACCUGUUUGACUUUCUAAAUGCGAUUUUUACCAUUAUUAGAGCCCUGUAUACAUAAAAUAACGCUCCUAUAAUCACCUUUACGCUCCUAUUAUUAUUUGUUUACACCACAUUGCUAAUGCGCAGGCUACGGGAUCACUGCAGGGACAUAAGUCAGACGCUGCUUUAAACAUAGCAUGCUACCGAGCUAACCAGUUAACAUCAAAAUUACUUAUUCUAAACUUAAGAAAGGGUUCCAAACGGAGUGGGGAAGAAGGACAAAGUAAGAAGCAAAAAAACUUACCACUUUCAUAUGAAGGAGAACUUCUUUUAACUAUGUCGGACAUGCCAUGGCUGAUCCCAUUCAGUGUAAAUGUAAUCCACUAUAAUGUCAUGUAUCAUCAGUGUAGCAUUACUAACGCAAGGUGAUCACAAUACUACAUAUAUAACUUGUCUUUCAGUAUUUGGGGACUAAUAAUAGUCCAUAGUCAACCAAGGAUGAUUUAUUAACCAAUUAAUUUAGGAAAAAACACGAUCGAGUGAGUGAGCGAUGUUCGAAUGUUGAUACUGGCGCUUUUAGGUAUCGACAGUAUCGACUAUCCAAUCUCCCUCGUCGAGCCGUAUUCACUCUAACUGACGUGUGCUUCCGCGUAUGAGCAUUGCGGCAACUGAGCAGCAGUGUUGCUAAGUCUGCUUAUUAUAAGCCACUUUGGGCUUGUUUUUUGUGAAGUAGCUUGCAAAUUCCCAGGUUGUCUGUCGUUUUGGACUUGUUUUCUGAGCAUUAGUUGAUUGUUUUCUCGGCAGUCAGCGUCGAAGAAGAACGCCUGAUGUCUUGUAAAAAAAAUGCUUAACUAACACGGGGAAAGAAAAUCAACUAGGUUUAUUUAUCAAUAAACCAGGUAGAAGGAGUCACGUGUGGAGAUACUUGGCAUUCGAGGCGGAUGAAUGUGGUGCAAUUAUAAAGUCACAAAAAACAACAUGCAUGCGGUGCCUCCAAAGUUUUCAAACCAAAAGAGGAAAGACUUUGAACUUACCGAACCACCUGAAAGAAAUGCACCUCGACUUGUUUAAAGAAUUCAAGGUGGUCCUGGUCGGCUCCUCUGUGAAUGAGCGUGAUCAGAUGCUGUUCAUCAGCACCGACGAGGGCUCUUCCUUCCAGCGGCAGACAGUCUACUUCACGCCUAGCACGCUCAUCUUUCACCCCAAGGAGGAAGACAAGCUCCUGGCCUACUGCAAGGAUGGAAGGCUGUUUGCCUCUACUGAUUUGGGCCGAAAGUGGACAUUGCUACAGGAGCGGGUGACCAAGGAUCGUGCAUUCUGGUCUGUACCCGAGGUGGAUGUGGACCCUGAUUUAGUGCACAUGGAGAUGCAGGACACAAGUGGAGGCUACCUGUACGUCACCUGCCUCAUCCAGAACUGCUCCGACAAGAUGGUGACAGCUCAGUUCCUGGGCAAAAUCGACCACAACUCUCUGUCGGUGCAGGACGACUACAUUUUUGUCAAGGUGACCACUGGGAAUCGCACCAAGCACUAUGUGUCGCAUCAACGCAACGAAUUUGUCCAGAUGAAGUUUCCCAAGUACGCCUUGCCAAAGGAUGUUCAGAUUGUGAGCACGGAUGAGAAUCAGGUCUUCCUGGCCCUGCAGGAGUGGUACCAGACAGACACGUACAACCUCUACCAGUCGGACCCGCAGGGCGUCUACUACUCCAUCAUUCUGGAGAAUGUCCGCAGCACAAAGCAGCCCGAGGAGAACGUCCUCAUCGACAUCCUGGAGGUCCGUGGAAUCAAAGGUGUCUUCUUGGCCAAUCAGAAGCUCGAUGGCAAGGUGAGGACUCUCAUCACUUACAAUAAAGGACGGGAUUGGGAGCCUUUGACCCCGCCCGCCACGGACAUGAACGGCAAGACCAUCACCUGCAAAGCGCCCGAUUGCCACCUUCACCUGCACCUGCGUUGGGCAGACAACCCCUACGUGUCCGGGACGGUCCACACCAAAGAAUCUGCUCCAGGUCUCAUCAUGGGAGCGGGUAACCUUGGCUCCAAGCUAGUGGAGUACAAGGAGGAGAUGUACAUCACGUCUGACUGCGGGAAGACAUGGAGACAGGUUUUCGAGGAGGAGCAUCACAUCCUGUACCUGGAUCACGGCGGCGUGAUUGUGGCCAUCAAGGACACCUCCAUCCCGCUUAAAAUACUCAAGUUCAGCAUCGAUGAGGGACACACAUGGACUGUCCACAACUUCACCAGCACCUCUGUCUUUGUUGACGGACUGCUGAGCGAGCCGGGAGACGAAACCCUGGUGAUGACUGUGUUCGGCCACAUCAGCUACAGGUCCGACUGGGAGCUGGUCAAAGUGGACUUCCGCCAGUCCUUCCCUCGUCAGUGUGCCGAGUCCGACUACGAGUCCUGGCAGCUCACAGAUCUGCAGGGACAAAAGUGCAUCAUGGGCCAGGAGAGGACAUUCCGGAGGAGGAAAGACACUGCAUUUUGUAUCAAAGGAAAGAGCUACACUUCCGCUCUCAACAGCGCACCUUGCCAAUGCACCGAGCAGGACUUCAGUUGUGACUAUGGUUUCGAGAGAUCCCAUGCUGAGACUGAACGCUGCUUUGCCAAUUUUUGGCAUGAUCCGGACUCGCCGCCGGACGACUGCCACCUCGGACGAACCUACGAAUCUAGCACAGGGUACCGGAAGGUGGUGUCAAACUUGUGUGAGGGGGGCCUGAACAAAAAGCAAAGUGCCAAACAAAGCAACUGCCCUUUGCUGCCCCCUAGAGGCUUGCAAGUGGGUAUCAAAGGGCAGAUGCUGGCUGUUGCCCCUGGUGAUGAUAUCACAUUCAUUGUCCACCAGGAAGAGGGGGACACAAGCAGCACCAAGUACCAGGUGGACCUUGGCGAUGGCUUCCGGGCCAUCUACCGGAACCUGACGGUGACUGAUGAACCCAUCCAACACCGCUACGCGAGUCCCGGCGUUUACAAAGUUUCUGUGCAGGCGGAGAAUAUGGCGGGGCGCGACGCCGCCACCAUGUACAUCCAGGUCACAGCACCUUUGCAGGAAGUGCACCUCGAAGUGAUCCCCAUUGCUGGGAGAAACCACCAAGUUAACCUGACAGCCAUUGUCCUCCCUGCUAAGGCCAACUUGACUGUCUUCUACUGGUGGAUAGGAGACAGCCUGCAGCCGACGUUGACUCUGCAGAACAGUAUGCUGACAAGUUUCCCAGAGGCAGGCGAAAUUUCUGUCACCAUCCAAGCCUCCAACGGGAGAUCCAUGGUGCAGGACACCAGGACGGUCCGUGUCUACGAUAAUUUCCACGUCAUCCCUCUGAGCUUCAGCAAACACCUAGAUCGCUUCAACCCUAACAUUCCGCAGUGGCGAGAGGACGUGGGUCAGGUGGUCACCAAGGUACUUGCAAAGGUCACAGGUGUCCCCCAGGAAUCCCUGGUUACCGUUGUCAAGGCAGGCCUCCCCACCACGGCCGAGCUGUACAUACUCCCAGUGGAGAGCACCUCAUCUAAGAUAAGCGUCUUCCAAGAUAAGCGUAUUCCCGCCAUAAUGCAGGCUUUCAAAGACAACAAUGUGAGCUUUGUGGUGCAAGGAGGUCUGCAGGUGCUGGUGCUGCCAACAGACCCAAACGCAGGGCUAAAUGCUAUUGACUCCACAGCAGCAGCAGAGACUGGCCACGGAGCUGCCGGGGGUCCUGGUGUGUGGGCAGUCGCUGUCGUCUUCCUAGUCAGCGUCAUCGCCAUGGCCUCGUUCAUCCUCUACAAGUUCAAGAGGAAGCUUCCUGGCGGCCGCAGCAUCUACGCACAGAUGCACAAUGAGAAGGAGCAGGAAAUGACCAGUCCUGUCAAUCACAGCGAGGACACGCAGCACAUCAUCCAGGGUGAGGAGUUUAUCGACGACGACUUGGACUCACAGACUCUAGGUAACGCCAGAGGUAGCCCCGCCUUCCGAUCGCUUAUACGGACUACCACUAACCACUGCUACUAAACACCUGCUACAAAAGGCAACCAUUCAGGUGUGGUCCUGAGCGUCAACUCAAAAGAACUCCGCAAUUACCUGAGCAGCUGAUGGCUGCCAUGGCAACAUCGAACCAGCACUUCCUUCUCCUCUUCUUCGUGGGAAACUUCACUUUUCCAAAUUCAGUGGAAGGUUUGCCUUCAUCACCCCGCCCCUCCAAGGGAUGGUAGCCAUAUUGCCACAUCCCAUGACAACAAUAGCAUGAAUAGUGUGAACGCUAAGCGAACCACACCAAAGUGCGCAUCUAUUUUUUUUUUUUUUUUUUUUUUACAAUAAGAAUUUCUUGGGCGGGGGUGUCCAAAAUUUUCCUCCGAGGGCCACAUACAAGAACAGUGUUUGUCGCCUUCCUGAUUUUUUUUUUUUUUUUGCAUGUUUGUCACACUUAAAAACUUUCAAAUCAUUAAACAAAUUUAAAUAUUACUCAAUGACAAUACAACUGAACUCAAAAUGCAGUUUUUAAAUUAAACUUUUCGUUACAAGGGAGAAAAAAAAUCCAAAUGGCUCUGUGUUAAAAAGUGAUUAACCCCCCUGUUAAAACAUAAGUGAGAUUAAUUGAGAUCUAUUAGUCUGGAAAAGGUUUUAAAGCCAUUUCUAAAGCUUUGGGAUUCCAGUGAACCACAGUGAGAGCCAUUAUCCACAAAUUGCGAAAACAGUGGUGAACCUCCCAGUAGUGGCCAGCCAACCAAAAUGACCCCAAAGAGCGCACAGUGACAACUCGUCCAAGAGGUCACAAAAGACCCCACAACAACAUCCAAAGAACUGCAGGCCUCAAUUGCCUCAGUGAAGGUCAGUGUUCAUGACUCUGCCAAAAGACAGACACAAAAUUAGGCCUGCAUGGCAGAGUUCCAAGACGAGAAAAUCACUGCUGAGCAAAAAACAUUAAGGCUUGUCUCAAUUCUGCCAGAAAUCUUGAUGAUCCCCAAGACCUUUGGGUCUUAACUCUGUGGUCUGACGAGACAAAAGUUGAACUUUGGAAGGUGUGUGUCCCAUUACAUCUGGCGUAAAGGUAAUGCUGCAUUUCAGAAAAAGAAAGUCAUACCAACAGUAAAAUAUGGUGGUGGUAGUGUGAUGGUCUGUUGCUGUUUUGCUGCUUCAAGACCUGGAAGACUUGCUAUGAUAAACGGAACCAUGAAUUCCUGCAGUGUGUGCUCUGAUGAUACCAAUGAUUUCAUUUCCGAUCCUAUACUGUUCUAGGUAAAAUUCAGGCUAGUAACGGCGAUACCGAUCCGAUACUAUGUGCAAAUUCACUAAAUGUGUCUGAUCACAUUUAAAAAGUAGUGUACAGUAUUUCAAACACAGCAUAAAGAAUACAAGACAUUUUAAUUUACUGCUUUACUUUAAACCCUGAAGUAUAGUGAGGCAGUGGGGUGAUUUACAGUACAAUGAAGAUAAUAUACAACAUCAGAAAAAACGGGGGACAAAAUCAUAUCUGAAGUAUCAAAAGUAUCACUAUUUUGAUUUCAAAUCGACUUUAGAGCAUGAAGAGCUGGUAUUGGAAGUAUCGAUAUUUCAGUAUGAUUCCGCACAUUACUAGCGUCUUCUCCUUAAUGCGUUCUUGGCAAUUUCAUGGACUGUGUGCAACGCGAGUCAGUAUUUUCUCAACUAAAUGAUUCCGUGUCGGAGAUUAAGAAGAGGGCAACAAUUUUGGCUAUGGCAGUUCGUAGACAACUUACUGCCACGUCUGUUCCAAAGUGCGUGUGUGUGGAUGUCUGAGGCAGGAGUGGUGAGACUUUGGCGAGAGCUGCUUCACUAAAAGCUUUUAAAAAUUUUCGUCUUAGAAGAACUUUUGCCUGCAUUGGUGAGUACCUUUAUCCAAGUGUUACACAAUAAACCAUGCCUUUUGGUGACAUAUAGGUCGGCUCUAUGCGACCUGACCGUUCAUACUGCAGUCGCAUUGCAUACAUAUUGGAUUUAUAGCCACAUACAGGUUCAGUAUGAAUGAGGCUUGAGUCGCAUUUGAAAAAGUUGGAAUUGCACUGAUGUGAAAAAGUCAGAUACAGGUCACAUGAGCAAAAAAUCUGAAUUGCCCUGCAGUGUCAACAUAGACUCAUUGCAAGUUAUCACAAAUGCUUGAUCGCAGUCGUUGCUAAGGGUGACCCAACCAGUUAUUAGGUUUCGGGGGCAAUCACUUUCACACAGGACCAAGUAGGUUUGGAUUUUUCUCCUUCAAUAAGAAUUUUAAUGUAAAAACUGCAUUUGGUUCUGUUGUGCUUUUAUUAAAUUUGUUUGAUGAUCUAAAACAUUUAAGUACGACAAACAUGCAAAAAAAAAGUAAUCAGGAAAGGUGCAAACAGCUUCACACAACUACGUAAAAAUGUAAUCAUGUGGGGUCCACACAAGAUGCUAAAACCAAUCCGAUGUAGGUCAUAUAUUGUACGCUAAACAAAACAUUCACAUCUUAGCUUUGUGUGAGAGGUGACAAGGCAAAUUAUAGUACCUUAUAUUUUAUAUAUACCUGUUAUAUUAAAUGGACACACCGAUAUAAAGCUAUUUUUGAUACUCUAAACCCCAUAAUAUGCCUCUCACACUUAUUAAACACAUUUCAAAUUCAGUAUUACACAUUAAGAAACAUUUACAGGCCAACAGUGUAGAGUAUUGUACUUACAAACGGUGCACAACCUCACAUCUGGUCAAAGCAGUGGAACAGGGGUCGGGAACCUUUUUGGCUAAGAGCCAUGAAAGCCACAUAUUUUAAAAUGUACUUCCGUGAGAGCCAUAUAAUAUUUAAACACUGAAUACAACUAAAUGCUUUCUUUUGUGGACAAGACCAACAAUUUUAGAGUAGAAUAAAGCUCUGCAUUUAUUCUUUUUAAUAACGUUGCUAUACUGAAGCUAAUCAGUAAUUAAAAUACUCACCAUUAACGUGACUGCUGGUGCUGCAUGGUUUUGCUGAUGGCUUUGCAGUCUGGUUGAUACGUGGUGAGGUUACGUUUCAUGUCCUUCCACUUGAUUUGCCAUCAUGAUGAUCGCCAACAGUUCUUGCUGACAGAGGCAUGUCUUUAUUCAUUUGAUUAUCUCGUAUUUAUCCACAUCAAGCAUGAAUAUUUUGGCAUAUUCGGCAUACUUAGAUGCAAAUGUGCCAUUUUUUAUUUGUCCGUUUCGAUGAAACCUGUUCUCCCCACGAAGGCGAAUCUCCCCACAAAGGCAAAUAUCUGUCCAUUCAUGCUGAAGUGUACGGUACUCUUUUUUUCGCCAUCCUCUUCAAAAGUGUUUGUGCUACAGAAUUAGCUGGCUACGUCACUAAAGGUGGGAUAUCUACUUCUUGACCUCUCAAUGACCCGGUAGGGUACCGUAUUAUCCAAUUAUAAUCGUGUUUUGGCAUCCGACCCGGAAAAUAUCCGGACAGUUGGCACUGGUUCUCGCCAUCCACAUUGUGGUAGAAAUUGGGAUAGAUGGAUUAAAAUGCAUUUGUUUUGUAAUUCGUAAUGUUUCACUUUAAAAUUUCAGUGAUUUUUUUUUUUUUGUAGUGUUAAAUGUGUGCCAGAUGCAGACAUCAAAAGAGCCAUGUACAUGUACUGUAUGGCUCAAGAGCCACACGUUCCCGACUCCUGCAGUGGAGUUUUCCACUGCAGAUGGCACCAUCAAACCACUUUCUAUUUAAGUAACCAUAAAAAAUGAUUUACAAUUUAAAGCAGAUAACAGAAAUCUGCAAUUGAAAAUCUGCAAAUAGGUACUUCACUAUUUAAUGUCUUAAUAUUAGUAUUAGUAAUACAAUUAUUUCUGUUAAAGGCCAAUAAAAACAAGCUGUGUCAGUGGUCCCCAACCGCCGGGCCGCACAGAAAGAAAAAAUUUCCAUUAUUUCAUUUUCUUUGUUUUAUUUUGAAAAGUGGCCGGAUUCUCUGUUACAUCCGUCUCACUUGACGCAUAUCUAUUGUCGUGUGCUAACUUUAUCUCAUGCCGCACAGAGAGACUACUACUGUAUUUUUACCAUUUUUCUUUCACCUCAUAUUUGGUGUCAAAUGCUGAUACUAUGUGGGAAUGCAUAAAGGUAAGUUUUGAUGACUUAUUGAGUGCUAAUGUGCACAUUUGUCUCAAGUUAAUUCAUGCUAACGCACUGCCUUUUCCAACACACGUCAAACAGCGAUGUAAUCAUCUCUAUGGAAAAACUUGGCUGGAAAAUGAACUGGUGGAUGGUGGGUCGGCAUUCAUUUUGUGCUUUUAAUUUGAUGUUAUUCAUGUCUUAGUUUUACACAAUACAUAAUUAAGAUAAAUUAGAUCGCUAUAAUGUACGAACCUCCACCUCCCGCCCCCGGUCCGCGGGAGAUUUGUGGGAACACAAGCCGGUCCGUGGGUCAAAAAAGGUUGGGGACCACUGCUCUAGGCGGUGGAAAUGCAAAGCAACCACCAGGGGGCAGUACUUCCCCAUUUUAAUUAUUGCCCACGAUUACGUAGUCUCCUCAAAGCUUUUUUUCUAAAUGAUUUCAAAUCCUCAAGGGGUUGUAUUUGUGGUGACAUAAAAGCCCCUACUCAUCUUUUAACAUGGACUUGAAGGUCUGCGUCAUGGAGGAAAGGCGCAGUAAAUGGACAUAUUUAGCCUAUAUUAGGCCUAACCCGCAGUGGAGCAGGUUUGAUGUAAAUGUGUAAAUAAAACUUCAUCUCCACUUUGUACAUAUCCUUUCACUUUCAGUGUGUUACAAGGCGAGUUGUUCAGCGGACCACAAGCAUCUUAUUUUCCACAGCGUUCUUUCAUCUUGGACUGGGAAUUUUAACGUCAUCCUAUUUUGAUACAAUUGCACACUGAUGAGUAUUUUUGAUACACGUGUUAUAUAUCAUUAUGUAGGCACUGCUUGGCUGCACUGAUUGUGUUAAAAGACUCAAAAAUAAUGGGACACAUGCAGGAAGUGAAGAAAUGCCUAUUUUUGGAGCAAAAAUGUACAAAUCGGCAGGUUUUCACACAGGUGGUGUUACACGGCAGGUGUUAUGAGUAAAUAAUUCUGGGUACUGGCAGGGCACUUCAUUUUUGACAUACUUUAGUGUGAACGUACUCAAAGACUACUAAGUUUAAGUACAAAAGUGCUAUAAUUGAGACACAGCCCUUGCCUCCUCUCCUUCCAGGAAAAAAAUGUAUACUAAUAAGAGUUGUGUCCCAAGAUUUUUGGGAGCAGUUUCACUUCCACACUAGUAAUGUUUUGUACAUAUUUUUCUGCUUGUUCAUUUCACGUGGUGUGUGUUGCCCAAUGUGACAAGGGGCAUGCGGGGGAAAAGUAACUUCCAGGAUAGUCACAUGCACAAGAGCACAGUUCAACUGUUUUCUGAUUAUUUGUACAAUUUAACGUUUUGCUAUUAAAAUGUCAUCAUUAGAAAUAAAUCACACCCAGUAAUGUCUGCGGCUCUUUUGUCCCAACACUCGAGUAUGUGGAUGGCGUGCACUGAACCUCUACAAACUGCAGACAAAGUGGGUGUUUUUGUAUUCCAAGUGUUGAGCAAUUCAGAGUCAAACAGACACAAAAGUAUUUUAAUAACAAAAAGGUCAACUUUAAAAAUUUUAAAGUACUUGCAAAACAAUUUGAAACAAAUUAAGACGUCUGUAUAUACAGUAUCAAAAUUCUUUUUUACAAAUCUACAUUUUCUAAAAUGUGCAGCAGAAAUGCACUUAAUUCAUUUCUUUUUGUUGAAAGGCCUCAAGCAAUCAGCAGGAUGUCCUGCUCUUCCUUGUGACUUUUAUACAGCGUUGUUUAGCUCAGACUAUGAAAAACAAAACACAAUUCAGCUUAUCAAAUUGAUCAAUGACCUAUGCAAUACUAGAUAAAAUGCACCAUGUAAUACCUGACGCUGAAGGCACGCUUGGACAGAUGAAACUACUCUUGUUCCUCACAGUGCGAGACUUCUUUUUUGCAGACUGUGUCUUUUUCUUUGUCUGUCUGCGAGAACUUGGAGCAAGGACUGUUCUCUCCGAUCCUUGUGAGGGGGCACGUCAGCAAAAGUUAGAAUUCACAUGUUAGCAGAGCAAAUAGCCAAGAAUUAUGAGGGUACAACCGUCAAAAAGCAAGACGAUCAUCAAAGUAGCUCAACUGUUACACCGUAAAAGUGUUAUCAGCGUCUCAAUCUCCUCCUGAGACCCAGCAGUGCUUUUGUUUUUUGCGUUGCAGAGGACAACCCGAGCUUUCCUGAGAUAUCAAGAGGAAAAAAUGGCUGCCAUACCAACCACAAGACACAUAAAUGUAUGCAGUUAUUGUGGUUUUAAAGGUAGAAAAUUAUUGGGUUUUUUUUGAAGCAACACGUUUUUAAUCAACAGUUUGAGGUGGUUUUGGUGAAAACAAAACAUUUUUACAAUGGCCUCUGUUGUGGACAUGAGGACUACUUUCUCAUAGAAAAUGAAACUUAAUGCAAUAAAUGCAUCACUUGAAGAAAAACCUACUUCUCAUUUACAAUAUCACUAAAAACAUGCAAAAUGCAGACACUGAAAAACGUGGUGCUUUUUAAUGGGUGUUUUCCUUUUCAGAACUGAGUUGGAAUAUAAAACAUGUAGGCAACUGCUGUGUAAAUUGGAUUUAUUUAAAAAUGUCUCGCUCUUGUCAUCAGAACAGUACAGUAAUACCUCGUUCAAUGCGGUUAAUUGGUUCCAGACCCAACCGUGACAAGUGAAUGUCCACAAAGUUGGAUUCCUUUACAAAUCAAAUGUUUUUGUCGUAGUAGAGUAUAGAAAUCCUGUUUAUGACCUUCUAAAGUACACCAAGUCCCCAACCAACAAACACAAUUGGUUCCAGACGACCGUUUUUAAGUAGAAUUGUUCUUAAGUAGAGGAAAAGGUAGUAUUACCAAUGAUAUAGGUACUACAUGUACGUGUAUACAUAUACAGUAUAUGUGUAUGUAUGUAAAUAUGAGUUUGGAUGCAGUAGUAAUAUUAAACCAGGAUAAUGAAUGAAAAAAACAAUAAUAAAAGUGAUAUAAUAAUACGUAAUGAUAAAUGUUAUUUACCUUUGAAGAGGAGUGGUCGAGCAUACGUCGUUGUGGUGGAGUUGGAGGAGGAGUUAUUGAAAAAAAGGACAAAUGGUCGUCGUGGUUAGACUCUUCUAAAAGAGGUAGUGUUCUGUGGGUGGUGUAGAAUUAAGCAGGCCUAUUAACUCUUCAUAAACUUUACACGCUCCGUCCGGGUUGUAUCAUACAAUUACAAUUUAGCUUUCUCUCCCCAGCCGCUUCCUGUACCUGUUGGUCCCAUUAGCAGAGUCACAGUGCCCUCUACUGGUCAAGCAUGUAGCAGUAUAAAUAUGGAGUUGCAGUACAGUACUACAUAGCAAAAUACAUGAAAAAAUAGACCAGUUGGCUUGUGUUGAUAUCUCCGAAAGUUUGCAUGUCGGAUGUUCGUAAAUUGGGGACCUAGUGUACUGGGUCUUAACAACGUUCGAGCCCUCUGGACAUAAAAGAACACCCCUAUAAUUACCUUUUCACUCAUAUUACUCAAUAUACUGUAAAAUAUGAAAUGUACUGUAGAAAAUAAGCUUGUGCGUGUUGCAACCAAUGUGUUCCGGCUGUGUGGAGGACAGGAACUGACGUCUGGAGUUCAGAGUUGAGUUUUAGCGCAGAAGUAGCCCAUGUUAUUAUGAUUAUUAUUAUAUCACUGUAAUGUUACUGUAAUCAGUAACAUUUCCAUUUUACAUCGCUUGUCCGCAUUAGGGUCACGGGUGAGCCGGAGCCUAUCCGCUGACUUCAGGCGAAAGGUGGGGUCAUCAAUUUUCCAUACAUUCACGCGUAUAGAAAAUUCAGCGUCUGCAAGGAGAGAAUGUGCAAACUCCACAGAGAUGUCCAAAAGGAGAUUCAGACCCCCGUCUCCUGACUGUGAGGCAAACAUGCUAUGCACUCGGUCACAGUGCCACCUAUCCGGAUAUUAAUGGCAAAUAAUAUUAAAUUAAAAAACAGUCUUACCUGCAAGACACCUCACCGGGGUCCACCCACAAGGUGAGGAUGGGCGGCAAGCCUAGGUCACAGAAGUUGACCCCACUCUCAUGACAGGACCGCAUGAUUUCUGGAUCAGAGCUGCUCCACAAGUUGACACGUAUGCAUCUUUUAAAACAAGAAUGCACUAUGCUGAUGUUAUGAACAGUAAAAAAAAAAUAGAGUAUACAAUUGUCAUGUUAAACACAAUGCUCGUGUUAACAGUUUUAAAAAGUGGACAAUGUUCAUGUUAUGAACACCUAUGAUGGACACAAUUGUAAUGACGUUAAGUACGUGUGUGGUGUUGAGGGAUGUUCUAGAAAGAGUUAUACCUGUAUGCUUGUCCCUUGCUGGGGUUAUCUGGGUACCAGUGUCCCUGGAACUUCUCCUUCAAAGCGUUCGCCAGCUUCUCUGUAAAAAGCUCAAUUUCUGACACUUGUCGCUUGGCCACAAGCAUCUUCAUUAGGUACGCCACGGCUGAUAGUUCUCGCUCCAUAUUGAUGAUCGCAUUCUAUCUUCUGUCGUUGCUUUUAGCUAGGCGUGUGUCUGUCACUAACGAUUGUUGUGCGGCGUGGUCACAAGUCACAAAGGCAGGUAUCACGGCACAAAGGAGCAUCGUCCAAUGGGAUGGCGUGGAAGAUGAAAGAGCGAUGACGUACAACCUUCAUAACCGACAAUUUUUCUUUCUGAUGAGUGCCCCUGUUGUCUCCGAAGAUAAUGGAGCGCAAUACGCAAGACUGCUUACUCGCUUUCAGUAGUGAGCACUUUGAAGCAGUCUCCUCGCACGCUGCUCUGUGAUUUAUUGCUCAGAUAACAGUCCAAAAGACCAUCCAUCCAUCCAUUUUCUAUGCCGUUUCACCUCAUCAGGGUCGCGGGGGCAUGCUGGAGCCGAUCCCAGCUGACUUUGGCUGACAGGCGGGGUACACCCGGGACUGGUCGCCAGCCAAUCGCAGGGCACAUAUAGACAGGCUCGGAUUUAGAGGGGGGUGGGGGGGUGUAACCCCCCUUCCGUUUUGAGGCACCCACGAUUUUUUUUUUUUUGCCACAAUAAAAGCUAAUAAAAUGAUAAACCAUCCUCGAUUCCAGUCACCCAGUCCCAGUGAAGGUACGUGUUCUGAAUUAUGCAUACGCCAGAAUGCAACCGAGACGCAUGCUAUUCCUGAACCCACUGUCAGGCUGAUCAUUUACAUUGGACAUUGAAGUGUACCUGGCUAUUCAGGUGGAGGUGCAAAAUAAAGGUUCUGGCAUCAUGACUAUAAGGAAAACUGUUGUCUAUUCUCAAUGAAAAUUAACCAGAAAAGCCAUCCCCAGUGACAUAAAGUGAUACUCAAAUCCUCGGAAUUUACUUCAAAUUGGAAAAUAUUUCAGGAAAUUGAGCUAAAAUGGGUUUCUCCUAGUACCGGCAAUAGAAUGUUUUGGCUUAAACUAUAUAUAUAUAUUCCAAGGAUAAAAAUAACAACAAACUCUUGAAAUUAAAAACAUAAAAUUGGAUAUCACCAGAUUGCAGUAAAUGAGAUCUAAUUUGAAAAAAAUUUCUGGGGGAGGGCUGCCAGACCCCCGCUCCAUUUCCAGCCCCCACCCCCCCUUUUUAAAAAAGCUAGAUCCGUGCCUGAUAGAAGACCAAAUUUGUCACUUUUCAAGUUGCCUCAAAAGAUUCCAAGUGAAAUCACACACAAUAUGCCUUGAAGAUGCUUUGUUUCUUCAUAUGAAUGUCAUAAACUACACUAGUGUCCACAGUACGCUUCUUUUAACUCCGAUCAUAAUAAAAGCAGUACAUCACAACAUGUACACAUUUAAUUUUAAUGGAGGAACAGAAAAUAGUUACAAUGUUAUGGAAUGACUUCAAAUAUGAAUAUAUGUAAUUUUUUUGACUGGAAAGGACAUACAGUACAUGGUAUGAGCUCUGCUGUCGAUACUAGAGUUGAACUAUUUUGGUGCUUUCCUGGCUACACUUCAGGAACACAAAAUCAGAACAGCUAAUGAUGCCCUCAACUUGAAGUCCGGACAGGCGAAAGGUACAGAUUUUGUCACGUUCGCCACUGGCCUUCGUGGCCUGCUUGUUGUUGUUUCUGUCCGUACCUUCUCCUGGCCUGUUUUUCUCUUUUGCAGUCACCCUUGAGUGGGCUGGAGGCAGGAAGGCUGGGCACCACUGUGGCUGAUUGCUCUCACUCCAUUUAAGCUGACUGCUUGCAGUUGUUAGCCGCUGGUUCUUUGUCCUCACUCCUGCCAGAUACUCACAGGUGGACUUUCGCUCAACGCUCACACUGCUUUUCCUCGUUUUAUAUUUGUCCCGUUUAGCCCAGCUGCUUCCCAGCUAUCUAGCCAGCUCUUUAGCAAGAUUGGAUUUUUUUCAUGGCGUUAUUCCCUAUUUUAGUUUUUUGCCAACGCCAUUGCCUUUUGUUCAUGGACAAAUUUGCACUCUGUGUCAUUAAAAAGUGUUGAACUGCCCUCCAAGCUCUCCACCUCUGCAUCUGAGGUCCAAACCUUCUCAAGAACGUUACAGAUUCUUUGAAACAGAUAAGUUACAAGUGCUGACAGCUGCUCGCAAGCCAAGCUAACCGGCUAACUGCUGAAGAGCAUAGCGGUUGCCUAGCAACAGUGCCAAACACAAAGCAAAAUUAUACCGGCCCUGGAAAAUAGGGUCCAAAAUCAGAAACAGGGCUAGUCUAGCUGUCGGAUGAAUAUCUUUAGAUUUCUGCAUAAUGUAUAGCUUUUGAGGAAAUUUUCGUCUACUUCACUUUGUCAGGCAUGUCCUAUUUAAGUGAUUUCCUGAUUGAACUACCCUGUGGCAGUAAUCAAGCCUGGGUGUGGCUAGAGGAAUUGAACUCAGGUGUGCUAAACCAUAGUUAAGUUAUGUUUUAACAGGGGCAAUCAUUUUUUGGGGGGAUUUUUUUCCGUCCCUUAAAAAUAAAAGGUUUCAUUUAAAAACUGCAUUUUGUGUUCAGUUGUGUUGUCCUUGACUAAAAUUUAAAUUUGUUUGAUGAUCUGAAACAUUAAAGUGUGACAAACAUGCAAAAAACAAAAAGAAAUCAGGAAGGUGAACACUUUUUCACACCACUUUACACCAGGUAAUCUUCUCUUUUGUUAUAAAUAGCCUUUUAUAAAUUUCCUUUUGUCUUCUUCUGGCUCUUAAUGAAGGCGGUUGCAUCUUUUCCCUCUCAUCUGCCUUAGCUUAACCUGCUUUGCUUCUCACGUCCUGUCUCACACUUUUAAGAACCCCUCUCCCCACUGCUCUCCAAAUCUAAAUCAUGGAAUUGACUAAAUCUUCUCGACGAGAAGCUCAGUUUCGGGGGAACCCGUCUGCCCUGACGGAACGUUCACUGCCGGGUAUGUGAUGCACAGUUGGGGGAAAUGGAAGGUUAUGUACCUGGCGAUUCUUUCCGUGGAGGGCAUUAAAGAUGUUUACCUAUUUGGAACCACGAUAACAGGCUUGUUGCUGAUUGGACUAGGCACUGCCCUGGUGUAUCGCAAAAUUCGGAAGACAGAGGCAGCGGUUCAACGCGCCCAACGGCUGCCCAUCAUGAUUGAUAUUGUGGGUAAAGCCGUUAGCAGUUUGACUGACGGUGAAUCACAACAAGGAAAACAUUGUGGAGAAGCUUUUGGCUCUGCAAAGGCAGAUGGAUUGAUCAAGAGACCAGAAAGGACAAACAGUAUUGGAAUGCGGCUACUCGCACUAACCCAAACUACUUAACCCAUUUUGGCCCCCACUGCCACUUCACUUCUGGCACCGGCCUGAUCAAGGUCGAUGCCUGUACAACUCCUCCGAGAGAUUGCUGCAGUGAGACGCUCAGACCCUCCUCCUCUUUCUCCACGGACACCUGUUGUUUGUUGACUGUGUCUGGGGCCCGCUCAAAGCCGUUUCCACGGCAACUGCUGUGUUAUCACGAUGACAUCCUGCGGGUUUUAGGCUCCAAUAUUGGGCACCAAGCAGUGCGACUUCACCAGGCCUACACACACAUGCAUCCAAGGCCACUCACAUACAUACACAUAAACUCACUCACACACUCCCUCCCUUACCCCACACCUUCGCCGCCUCGGGGUCUGCACACGUGCUGAACAUCACUGUACUGCUGUGGCUGGCUGCCGGCCCGAGCUGGAAUCAUCUCCAGUUCCUUUACGCCCUGCCCUGGUGCAAGUCUUCCAGUUCAUGUUGUAAAGUGUGUUUAUUCGUGCCUAUGUUUUCAAAGGUAAUUUGCCAGUCCCACACUGUACUCCUCCAUAGGAGUGUACUUUGGAAUUGUUUUUUUUUUCUCCCCUCUCCCCAUCUGUCCGGUCUUCCCCCUGUCAUAUUGUAUGGUAUGUUGUAUGUGUAGAUGGGUGCUUUUACCUGGUAUAAGUGACUAGUAAAGGUCAUUCUGGUCUGAUUUUGAUACAAAAACAGUUUAAUUUGGUCUUAUAAAGAAAUGAAAAUGACAGGUGUGUUUAACUUACCACACAUUACAUAAUACAUACGUAGAAGACAAUUUAGUGAAAUGGUCGCGAGUAGGAGUGCACAUUAAAAGUAAAAGACAGGAAGUGUUUCUUGUGUCAUGCAUUUAUUGGUUAAAUACAAGCAGUCAACAAAGGUAAAGUAUGUAUGUAUCACUGUGCAGUGCCACUCUGAAAGCUGCAAAAACACCUCCACAAUGCAACCCAAACCCUGACCAGCAACAGAGCCUAGAAGUACUUGGGCACACUUCUCCGUCGCCUGGCAGCACCUCUCCUUCAUGGUGUCCAAAUGUGGCCCAGGGGCCAUCUGUGAAAUGUGGCGCAUUGUAGAAAUAAAAUAAACAAAAACCCAGCAAAAGUGGAAAAACAGGGCAAAAAGGCAUAAUGUAACUAUAAAAAGCUGAAAUUUUGCUACUGAUAACUACUAAAAACACAGCUUUGUCUUUAAAUAUCCAUCCAUCCAUCUUCUAUGCCGCUUAUCCCAGCUGACUUCGAGCGAGAGGCGGGGUGUGACGUUUGUGUGUGGUGCCAAACACAAACUGUGUCAAAUUAAAAUAGUCAAGGCUGAAAGGCUGAAGUUCUUCACCAGUGGGUUGUCAGGACAGCACACAUGGAUAUUAAAAUGAGAAAUACUGAGAACAUGAUUAUAACGUGGCAUAAUAGCCACAAAAAAAUCGGAACAUUUAUUUAUGAAGUCCUUAUUGUCUUUAGGGGGUCGGUAGAUGACAGUGCAAAGCAACACACAAAUAAAGUCAUUUUUAAAGACAG